GAAGCGACGCGAUGGGGAAGGAUUAUUACCGGACGUUGGGCCUGGCCCGGGGGGCUUCGGACGAAGAGAUAAAGCGGGCUUACCGGCGGCAGGCCCUCCGCUUUCACCCCGAUAAGAAUAAAGAGCCCGGAGCGGAGGAGCGCUUCAAGGAGGUGGCCGAGGCCUACGAUGUGCUGAGCGACCCCAAAAAGAGAGAGAUCUUCGAUAAGUACGGCGAGGAGGGGCUGAAGGGCGGAGCGCCGACGUCGGGCCCGGGGGGCUCCAACGGCCCCACGUUCACCUACACGUUCCGCGGGGACCCCCACGCGAUGUUCGCCGAAUUCUUCGACGGCCGAAACCCCUUCGAUACGUUCUUCGUGCAGCGCAACGGCGACGAGGAGAUGGACGUGGACGAUGCUUUCACCACCUUUCACAUGGGGGGGUUCGGGAACAUCAGCUUCCCCCGCGGCCGGGGGGGGGGGCAGGACGGAGCGUGUCGCAAACAGGACCCCCCCGUGCUGUACGACCUGAGGGUGUCCUUGGAGGAGAUCUACGCGGGUUGCACCAAGAAGAUGAAGAUCUCUCACAAACGCCUGAACCCCGACGGGAAAACGGUGCGUAACGAGGAUAAGAUUCUGAGCAUCGAAGUGAAACGGGGUUGGAAGGAAGGCACCAAAAUCACCUUCCCCAAAGAAGGGGAUCAGACCCCCAACAACAUCCCCGCCGACAUCGUCUUCGUGCUCAAAGAUAAACCCCACAACGUCUUCCGCCGUGAGGGUUCCGAUAUCAUUUACCCGGCUAAGAUCAGCCUCCGGGAGGCGCUGUGUGGCUGCACGGUGAACACGCCGACGCUGGACGGCCGCACCAUCCCUAUGGUUUUUAAGGACGUGCUGAAACCCGGCGUCAAACGGCGCAUCCCCGGCGAGGGGCUCCCGUACCCCAAAAGCCCCGAGAAACGCGGAGAUCUCAUCAUCGAAUUCGAGGUCAAAUUCCCCGACAGGAUCCCCCCCUCGUCCAAAACCAUCCUGGAGCAGAUCCUGCCCGUUUAGUGGCCGCGGGGAGGACUUUUUUGGGGGGGGUGGGGUUGGUUUUGAGGUUUUCUUGCUCUUCUUUUUGGGAGGUGGGGGACCGGGAUGGCGCUUAUGGGGUGCGUGGGGGAGAGAGGCUUGGGGUGGCCCCCCCCCCCUCCCCAAAAAAUGCUCCCAGGGGUCUCCCGUGCAUUGGGGGCUGAUGUGUCACCUCACUGCUGCCUGUGCUGAUGGGGAGGGCGGUGUCGCCUCAUCUCCAGGGGAGGGGGCAGCGCUGUGUCCUCCUUCGGACCCCCUGUGGGUGACAAAGGCCGCGCUGUCACCUUCCCCCCCCCCCCCCCCCCCCCCCCCCCCCCCCCCCCACCACCACCUCCAUCUGCUGAGGACCAAAGUGUGCCCCCCCCCCCCUCACCCCCCACCCCCAUUCCUUACUGCCACCUCAGUCUGCUGGGACCAAAGUGUGACAUCCCUGACCCGACGUGAGGGUGACAGCGAUGUGACCUCAUUACCGCCCUCCGUGGGUGGCAGAAAGCGCAGUGUGCCCUCAGCACUGCCUGCACCCCCGGAGACCCCCUGCCGGCCAUCUAUGGGGGGGGGACGACUGCGGUGCCCCCACCACCCCCCCCUCCUGGGGACCACAGCUGCCUGCGGGUGACGGGGACCACUGUGACCCCCACAUCACCUCCUGAGCACCUCCGUGUGCUGAGAGCACCGCCCCUCACCUACGUGUGACACAGAGCAGUGUCCCCUCCUGGAGGCCGCUUCCAUCCGUCGGGACCACCGUGGCACCUCCACAACUGCUUAUGGGUGACCCCAAUGUGGUCCCCCGCGACCCAUUUGCGGGCGACGGGGACCGCUGUGUCACCCGGAGGCCACCUCCAUCCUUCGGGACCACAGUAUCAUCUCCACCUCUGCGUGUUGGGACCAUCGGUGUCACCUUCACCCCCCCCCCCAUUUGCGGGUGAUGGGGACCGCCGUGUCGCCUCCUGUGUGCGUUGGGGACCACCGUUUCAUCUCCACAACCCUUUCCAGGUGAUGGGGGACCACCGGGGUCACCUCAUCAGUGCCAUCUCCUACUGGUGGGACCGCGGUGUGACCCCCCCAACCCCCCCCCCACGACCACCACCAUCCACAGCUGAAGCAGGCGGUGUAUUCCCAUUGCCAUCUCCAUGGUUGUGGAGAGGACCCAAUGCAUCUACGGCUGUUGGGAGCCCUAUCCCCACCCUGAGCUGCCCCCACACCCACCCUGGGGGUCUCCCAUCCCCUCCCCAUGGUGGGGGGGGGCACCGCGAGGGGUGCUCCGGGUGUUCCCUUCUUAUCCUUUGGGAUAAAAACGAAGCAGAAAAAGGUCUGUUCCUGGAACAGGAGCGCGCACGCUGUACAGAGAUUUGUUUUGUAUAAAAAUGCUGUAUAGUUCUGUGUAAUUAGUAAAAACGUCAGCGAGG